AUGGUCACCCUAACGGAAGUUGAGGACGAGCACUUCCAGAACACCCAGGCUGGUCCUGAGGCUGACGACGACGACUACAGCGACACCGAUUCUGAGAUCUCCAACGAGUCCGAGUACGAUCCCCAAGACGAGACACUCGCCGAGCGCCUCUAUGCUCUGCGCGACAUCAUACCCCCCACAACUCGCGGCUGGAUCUCAUCCAAGGUCAACACCGUCUCGAAUGCCACCUGGACAGCCCUAUCCUUCAGCGGCAAGGCCACGUGGGUGAUCACCACCUCUGCCCUCUUCUUCGGCGUGCCAUUCGCCCUGAGCUUCGCCGAGGACCAGCAGCUCACAGCCAUGGAGCAGGAGUACAACAUGAGGCAGCAGGGCAGUGAGCUCCUGACCGCCGGCGGCGACCAGACGACCGCUGAUCGCAUCGGUGCGGCGCUCGGCGACGAAAAGGACGCCAAGGCUGCGUUGUAA